UUGUUUUCCCAGAGGAGAGUCAUCAUGGCUGGCAGUGCAAUGGCUAGUGUCUACGGCGCAUCCCCAAUUUGGUCCGGUGGCCCUUCCCCUGGGGAGUUUUACAACUUUCCAGGAUCUAGGAGUCAAAAUGAAGCCAAGUCCCAUACACUGUACCCCUCAACCUCUGGCACAUCUGUUGUGGGUCUCGUAUAUGAUGGUGGCGUCAUGGUAGCAGCUGACUCACUUGGAUCAUACGGCUCCCUUGCAAGGUUUAGGGAUAUCAAGAGAGUGUUCAAGGUGACAGACAAAGCUGUGCUUGCCUGUGGUGGAGACAUUGCAGAUUAUCAGUUCAUCAGAGAAGUCAUUGAGCAGAAAGUGCGUGAUGAUGAGUGUGGAGAGUACACACGAGUGCUGGAUGCAGGAGCCUUGCACUGCUGGUUAACAAGAGUUUUGUACAACCGCCGCAGUAGGUUCGACCCCUUAUGGCUUGAGUGUGUUGCUGCUGGUUAUAGGGAUGAUAAACCCUUCCUGGGUUAUGUUGACAAGAUUGGAACAGCCUUUGAGGCCAAAGAAGUUGCAUCUGGCUUUGGUGUUCAUCUAGCCAUCCCCAUGAUCAGAGAGGCGAGGGAGAAGAAACCAACUUUAACCAGGGAGGAUGCAGAGAAGCUCCUGAAAGAGUGUCUUACUGUGCUGUAUUACCGUGACUGCCGUGCACACUACAAGUAUCAGCUAGCAGACAUCACACCUGAAGGUGUUACCAUCCAUGACAACCUUAACCUCAAACCAGAGACUAACUGGACCAACACAUAUCAAAAUGUGAUGCCUAACAAAGUAAAGAAAAUAAAAACAGGAGUAUGGCAAACAGCCUUAAUGCCAGAUGGCAAGGAUCCACAACACAGUCAGUCUGCUCUUGAGCAACACAUCUUGAAAACUUGUCUACUGUAG